AUGGCCAUUCUUUCUUUCAUGAUUAUGGUUGGUUACAUACUUGUUCCCUCUCUCAAAUUUUCCAUAGCCAUUGAUUCUAUUAAUAUGUUCCAGUCUAUGAGUGAUGGACAGACAUUAGUGUCAAAAGGUGGAAAGUUUGAACUUGGUCUCUUCAGUCCCAACAAUUCCACCAAACGUUACCUGGGAAUUUGGUACAAGAAUAUCCCAAUUCAAACAGUUGUGUGGGUUGCUAAUGGAGCCAACCCCAUCAACAAUUCCUUUGGCAUAUUAACACUAAAUAGCACAGGCAAUCUCAUGCUAACCCAAAAUGGCUCUAUUGUUUGGUCUACAGACUCAAAAAAACAAGCACAGAAUCCAGUGGCAACACUCUUUCACACUGGCAAUCUUGUGGUGGGAAAUGAAGGAGAAACAAACCCAGAAGCUUACUUAUGGCAAAGCUUUGACUAUCCAUCUGAUACAUUUUUGCCAGGAAUGAAGUUGGGAUGGGACCUUCGAAUUGGUCUUGAAAGGAAAAUCACAUCUUGGAGGAGUCCAAAUGAUCCAUCUCCUGGAGAUUUUCAUCGGACAUUAGCUCUCAAUUCAUAUCCCGAGUUUUAUUUGAUGAAUAGAACACAAAAGUUCUUCCGGUUUGCACCUUGGAAUGGCCUAUACGUUAGUGGUACUAUAUAUCCAAGAAUUACUCAUUCCUCUUAUACAAAAUUUGUCUCCAAUAAGAAUGAAUUGUUCUACACGUAUAUCAUCACGAAUGAUUCUAUCCUUGCUAGAGGGGUAAUAAAUCAAACCAGUUAUAGUUAUGACAGAUUAUAUUGGGAUGAUAGUGCUCAAACAUGGGAAAGAACUUCAACGUUCCCAGCGGACAUUUGUGACACUUAUGAUCUUUGUGGAGCCUAUGCGAAUUGCAUUCCUACAGAAUCUCCACCAUGCUUAUGCUUAGAAGGAUUCAGUCCAAAGUCCCCUCAAGCAUGGAACUCGUCUGAUUGGAAUGAAGGGUGUGUCCGCGAUAAACCAUUACAUUGCAAAGACAAACACUCAGAUCAAUUUGUAAAAUAUGAACGGCUUAAACCACCAGAUACUUCACACACAUGGCUAGAUGAGAAUAUUGGUUUAGAAGAAUGCAACGACAAGUGCUUGAAUAAUUGUUCUUGCAAAGCAUAUGCAAAUUCAGAUAUAAGAGAAGGAGGUAGCGGUUGUGUCUUGUGGUUUGGGGAUCUCAUUGAUAUUAGACAGUUUCUAGCUGAUGAGAUAGAUAUAUAUAUCCGAAUGUCUGCUUCAGAGAUAGGUAAAGACUAUAUUUUUGUUUCUAACAAAACAAUAAUUGUCACAACCGUAGCUAUAACUUGCGGGAUACUUUUGCUUUGUAUUUAUUUUAUCUGCAGAGUCCGUAAAAGCAUUACUGAGAGGUCAAAGACAGAAGAUAACAAUGAAAGGCACGUAGAUGAAUUAGAUCUCUCGUUGUUUGACCUGCAAACAAUAAAAACUGCCACUAUGAACUUCUUGAUAAAGAAUAAGAUUGGAGAAGGUGGUUUUGGGCCUGUAUAUUGGGGGAAGUUAGCAGAUGGACAAGAAAUUGCUGUGAAAAGACUUUCAAGAAGCUCAGGACAAGGAAUGACUGAGUUCAAAAAUGAAGUAAAGCUAAUUGCAAAACUUCAGCACCGAAAUCUUGUAAAACUUCUAGGUUGUUGCAUUCAUGGACAAGAAAAAUUGUUAGUUUAUGAAUUCAUGCCUAACGGAAGCUUAGACUCCUUCAUUUACGAUCACACUAAAGGUAAAUUGCUACAUUGGUCUCAUCGUUUUCACAUAAUAUUUGGAAUUGCUCGAGGACUUUUGUAUCUUCAUCAAGAUUCCCGAUUAAGAAUUAUUCAUAGAGAUCUCAAAGCAAGUAAUGUUUUACUUGAUGAUAAGUUGAAUCCUAAGAUAUCAGAUUUUGGAAUAGCAAAAGCUGUUGGAGGAGACGAGACUGAAGGAAAUACAAACAGAGUGGCUGGGACUUAUGGAUACAUGGCACCAGAGUAUGCAGUUGAUGGGUUAUUUUCAAUCAAGUCUGAUGUUUUCAGUUUUGGUAUCUUAUUGUUAGAGAUCAUAUGCGGGAAAAAGAAUAGAGCUCUUUGUUAUGCAAAUCACACCUUUAACCUUGUUGGUUAUGCAUGGACACUUUGGAAAGAAGGCAUGGUUUCACAAUUGAUUGACCCAAGCAUAAAACAAUCAUGCAUUGUCUCAGAAGCAUUGCGUUGCAUCCAUGUUGGUCUCUUAUGCGUGCAACAAUAUCCGAAAGAUAGGCCUACAAUGACUUCAGUGGUUCAAAUGUUAGGGAGUGAGAUGGAAAUAGUUGAACCAAAAGAGCCAGGCUUCUAUCUGAAUGUCUCUAAUGAAACAAAUUUACCCUUAAAUCCAAUAGGAGUGAAUUCAUACGUUGAAUUAACCGAUGUCACAUUAGAUGGCAGUACUAGUGGGGAGGACAAUUGGGAACAGAUUGAAAGUUAUUCGUAUGAGAAUUGCAGAACUUUGGAAACAAGAGAUGUACUGAGUAAUUCAGUCAAGUAUUCAAAUGAAAAAUACCCAAAAAGCUGGAACUCCAUGGAUAUUCUUUGUUUCAUGUUUAUGGUUGCAGGUUUACUAGUUCCAUCUUCCAUAGCAAUUGAUUCCAUUAGUGUGUCGCAGUUCAUUACUGAUGACAAGACCUUGGUGUCUCAAGGUGGAAUAUUUGAGCUUGGUUUCUUCAGCCCAGGUAGUUCUAACAAACGUUACUUAGGUAUUUGGUACAAGAACAUCCCAGAUAAGAAAGUUGUUUGGGUUGCAAAUAGGGAAAUCCCCAUCAAUGGUUCCUCGGGUAUGUUAAGAGUUAACAGCACAGGCAACCUUGUGCUAAGCCAAAAUGGGUCUGUUGUUUGGCACACAAAGUCUCAGAAACAAGGAAAGAAUCCAAUGAUGGUGCUUUUGGACAGUGGCAAUCUUGUGGUAAAAAAUGAGGGAGAAAAAAACCCAGAAGACUAUUUGUGGCAAAGUUUUGAUUAUCUAUCUGAUACAGUAUUGCAAGAGAUGAAGUUGGGAUGGAACCUCAAACUUGGUAUAGAUUGGAGAUUAACAUCAUGGAAGAGUCCAGAUGAUCCAUCUCGUGGAGACCUUUCUUGGGCUUUAGUACUCAAUGAUUAUCCUGAGUAUUAUAUGAUGAAGGGGACAGAAAAAAUCUUCAGAAUUGGACCUUGGAAUGGCCAAUAUUUCAGUGGAACACCAGGUUUACAACCCAACCCCAUCUUUAAUUUUAAGUAUGUUACCACAAAGGAUGAGAUUUUUUACUCAUAUACCCUCACGAAAAAGUCUGUUAUUUCCGUUGCUGUAUUAAAUCAAACUACAAGCAAGUUUUAUCGCUAUGUAUGGGUGGAGGGUGAUCAAAAUUGGAGAACUUUAAAUUCCAUCCCAACAGACACUUGUGACACUUACGGCCUCUGUGGAGUCUAUGCAAAUUGCAUGGUUACACAAGUACAAGUAUGCCAAUGUUUAAAAGGGUUUAGUCCAAAGUCACCAAAAGCAUGGAACUCAACUGAAUGGACUCAAGGAUGUGACCGGAAUAAACCAUUAAGCUGCAAAGACAAACUCACAGAUGGGUUUGUCAAAUAUGAAGCAGUGAAAGUUCCAGAUACUACACAUACUUGGGUGGAUGAGACUAUGGGCCUAGAUGAAUGCAGAUUCAAGUGCUUGAAUAAUUGUUCUUGUAUGGCUUAUACUAAUACAAACAUAAGAGGAACAGGCAGUGGCUGUGUCAUGUGGCUUGGUGAUUUAAUUGACAUUAGACAAUAUGAACGUGGUGGACAAGAUCUAUAUAUUAGGAUGCCUGCUUCAGAGUUAGGAUCCGACCCUCUGGAACCAGUAUAUAGUAGGCACAAGAAGAACACGGCAACAGUAGUUGUUUCCACCCUUACUGUGAUUUUUGGGGCUCUUUUACUUGGUGCUUAUUUUAUCCGUAGAAUCCGGAGAAACAUGGCUGAGAAUUCAGUGACAGUGACAGAAGAUAAAAAUGAAAGACAUGUUGAUGAUUUGGACAUCCCCUUGUUUGAUUUACCAACAAUUUCUGCAGCCACUGAUGACUUCUCCAUGAAGAAUAAGAUUGGAGAAGGUGGUUUUGGACCUGUAUACAAGGGAAUAUUAACAGAUGGGCAAGAAAUUGCUGUAAAGACUCUAUCGAGGAGCUCAAGGCAAGGGUUGACAGAGUUCUUGAAUGAAGUAAAAGUGAUUGCAAAACUUCAGCAUCGAAAUCUUGUAAGACUUCUUGGUUGUUGCAUUCAAGGACAAGAAACAAUACUAGUUUAUGAGUACAUGGCAAAUGGCAGCCUAGACUCCUUCAUUUUUGAUGAUACAAAAAGUAAAUUGCUAGAGUGGCCUCAGCGCUUUCACAUAAUAUGUGGAAUUGCAAGGGGACUUAUGUAUCUUCACCAAGAUUCUCGAUUGAGGAUUAUCCACAGAGAUCUCAAAGCAAGUAAUGUUCUACUUGAUGAAAAUCUCAGUCCAAAAAUUUCAGAUUUUGGAAUGGCCAAAACUUUUGGAGGGGAUCAAGUGGAAGGAAACACACGGAGAGUAGUUGGGACUUACGGCUAUAUGGCACCAGAGUAUGCUGUUGAUGGGUUAUUUUCUGUAAAAUCUGAUGUCUUUAGCUUUGGCAUUUUAUUGUUGGAGAUUUUAUGCGGCAAGAGAAAUAGAGGAAUUUAUCACACAGAUAAGAGUCUCAACCUCGUUUAUCAAGCGUGGACAUCAUGGAAAGAGGGCAGGGCAUUAGAGUUGAUUGAAUCAAAUGUGACGGAGUCAUGCAAUAUGUCAGAAGCGUUACGUUGCCUCCAUGUAAGUCUUUUAUGUGUGCAGCAGUACCCAGAAGAUAGGCCUACAAUGGCCUCCGUGAUCCUAAUGUUGGAGAGUCAAAUGGAAUUGGUGGAGCCUAAAGAACAUGGUUUCAUUUCAAGGAAAGCUUCGGUUGAUGCUGAUUUACGGUCGAAUCUGAAGGACACAAGUUCAACCAAUGAAGUGACUAUUACUUUGUUAGAAGCUCGAUGAAACUCAUCGAUAGGCUAGUUGGAUAUACACUGAAUAUAGAUAGAUAGAUAAGAGGAGUUUGUAUGAACUUCUAUAUAUGGAACUUGUUUAUAUUUAUGAGAAAGCUUCUAUUACAAUUUUUAUGUAUAUAUUACCCUCUUUUUUAAAUAUUAUUUUUAAAGGAGGUUUGUAAGAACUUAACCUUAAUAUUAACUUC